UGUUUUUAGUUCAUGGUGUAAUAAAUAUAAUCGCUAAUUCAUAUUAUUUGCUAUCAGUGUUAUUAAUUUAAUUAGCGUUGCAUUCACCAAAUAUAAAAGCAGAAGUUUCAACUUUUGUACCAUCAGUUAUUUUUGUAACAUACAAAUUCACAAUGAAAUUCCUCGUACUUUUUGCCUUAGUACUUUACUGCUGUUCGGAAGUUUUAUGUAAUAAUGAUAAACCUCAAUGUGAAGGUAUACAAUGUGAUAUGCCAAACUGCCCUUUUGGAGAUAUAUUGAAAUAUCCCGGAGAAGAAGAUACUGCUUGUUGUCCCUAUUGCGAACAUAAUCCAAACUGUGAAGUUUGCGGCGAUCUACCAAGGUGCGCUCCUGGAUCUUCAUUGAGGCUUAAACAAAAUUCUUGUUGUCCCUCAUGCGAACCAUUCGGAGGUCCUUGUGAUGGUGUACAGUGCAGUCCUCCAAAUUGUGGACUUGGUGCUCGUCCAGUAGUGAAACCAGGUGAUUGUUGCGCCACUUGCCAAGGAUUCGGUAACCCAAAAUGUGAAGGUAUUCAAUGCGAUGUACCACUCUGCCCUCCUGGAUCUAUAUUGAAGCUCAAAGAUAAUGCUUGUUGUCCCUCAUGCGAACCAUCCGGAGGUUCAUGUGAUGGUGUACAGUGCAGUCCUCCAAACUGUGGACUUGGUGCUCUUCCAGUAGUGAAACCAGGUGAUUGUUGCUCCACCUGCCAAGGAUUCGGUAACCCAAAAUGUGAAGGUAUACAAUGCGAUGUACCACUCUGCCGUCCUGGAUCUAUAUUGAAGCUCAAAGAAGGUGCUUGUUGUCCCUCAUGCGAACCAUUCGGAGGUCCAUGUGAUGGUGUACAGUGCAAUCCUCCAAACUGUGGACUUGGUGCUCUUCCAGUAGUGAAACCAGGUGAUUGUUGCGCCACUUGCCAAGGAUUCGGUAACCCAAAAUGUAAAGGUAUACAAUGCGAUGUACCACUCUGCCGUCCUGGAUCUAUAUUGAAGCUCAAAGAAGGUGCUUGUUGUCCCUCAUGCGAACCAUUCGGAGGUCCAUGUGAUGGUGUACAGUGCAGUCCUCCAAACUGUGGACUUGGUGCUCUUCCAGUAGUGAAACCAGGUGAUUGUUGCGCCACCUGCCAAGGAUUCGGUAACCCAAAAUGUGAAGGUAUACAAUGCGAUGUACCACUCUGCCUUCCUGGAUCUAUAUUGAAGCUCAAAGAAGGUGCUUGUUGUCCCUCAUGCGAACCAUUCGGAGGUCCAUGUGAUGGUGUACAGUGCAAUCCUCCAAACUGUGGACUUGGUGCUCUUCCAGUAGUGAAACCAGGUGAUUGUUGCGCCACUUGCCAAGGAUUCGGUAACCCAAAAUGUAAAGGUAUACAAUGCGAUGUACCACUCUGCCGUCCUGGAUCUAUAUUGAAGCUCAAAGAAGGUGCUUGUUGUCCCUCAUGCGAACCAUUCGGUAACCCACGAUGUGCCGGUAUCCAAUGCGGUGUACCAAACUGCCCACCAGGCACAGCUUUAAGACUUGAGUCUGGAGAUUGUUGUCCUUCCUGCCAACCGGGCUGCUAGCUCAUAAUAAAUCAACAAAAUACUGUAACGAUCAGAAACAAUGACUUACAGAAAAUGAAAAAUUACCAAUAAUAAACUAAUGAAUUAUGACAAAACUCAA